CCGGCGUCUGUGUUAUGUGAAGUGCAACUUAGAAAUUUGUAUUAAUUUUUCAAAUUUUUGGGAAAUUUUUCGUGACUCUUACCAAAGUUCUGAAACCAGUAUUUUAUAUUUUGUUUAUUUGUUAUCUAUACAAGAAAUAUGCUUAAACCUAUAGCUAAAUUUUGGGAAUAUGGCGGUGGGAAAAUCGCUCUGGCUGCAAUUUGUGCACAUUCGACCUCGAUAUCAAUAGGAAUCUGCCAAGGGUAUAGUGCAAUUUUACUACCUCAGCUUAAAGACUCUGAAAAGUACAAAGAUUUGAGUCCCGACGAAACAUCCUGGAUUGCUAGUUUGGGUACAAUAACCAAUCCAAUUGGUUCCAUUUUAUCUGGAGUAUUAGCUGAAUAUAUGGGAAGAAGAAGAGCUAUUCAGGUGACGGCUCUACCAUUGAUUCUGGGAUGGAUGUGCUUUGGAUUAGCUCAGAAUGUGAAUUGGCUGUAUGCCGGAAGACUGAUUACAGGAAUAGCAGCAGGAAUGUCUCCAGCUUGCUACACCUACGUAGGAGAAAUUUCCACAUCUGAAAAUAGAGGAUUUAUGCAAACUCUAGGUCCAAUAUGCGCCUCUUUCGGAAUUCUACUCACAUACACUCUGGGUUACAUCAUGAAUUACGCAACAGUAGCCUAUAUUAGCAUAGCUUUUGCUCUUUUCUCUGCUGUAGUUAUCCAACUUGUACCAGAGAGCCCAUCCUAUUUGUUGAAACACGACCGAAUAUCAGAUGCCUUCAACACAUUGCUAUGGUUCAGAGGAAACAAUGCCGUAGCUCAACAAGAAAUUGACAGAUUCCAAGAAAAUCAAAAGGAAAGCAACAGUAAAAAUAUGACUUUUAAAGAAAUGUACUUCGGUCCACAGACUGUAAAACCGUUUUUAAUUUUAGUUGGUCUCUUUACGCUGCAAGAAUUUUCUGGCAUUUAUACAUUAUUAAUGUAUGCAGUUAAUUUCUUUAAAGAAACUCAUGUACCUCUAAAUGAUUAUGUAGCUUCUAUUAUUGUUGGAGCAAUAAGAUUUUCUAUGUCUGUCGUCAUAGCUUAUCUUAUCAAUAUCUAUGGCAGAAAGACAUUAUGCACGAUGUCGAGUAUUGGUAUGGCCCUUACCAUGUCUGUAGUGGCAAUAUACGUAAAAUAUUAUGAAAUAUACCCAGACAAAGAAAAAGUUGUUAGCUACUUGCCACUAAUAGGUGUCAUGUUAAACGUAGCAUUCAGUAUGGUGGGUAUGCUUCCCGUUCCGUGGGUCAUGGUAGGAGAAAUGUUCCCCUUGAAAGUCAGACCCAUAAUGUCCGGUAUAGUGGUGAGCUUAGCGCAAAUGUUAAUAUUUGUUUGUGCAAAGAUUUAUAUUAAUAUGAACGACGCUUUAAACUUUAGCGGAACUUUAAUAGUAUUUGUAGUAGCUUCAAUUCUAGCUGCUAUUUACUCAAAGACUAUACUAACAGAAACUAAAAAUAAGACUUUGGAAGAAAUCGAAGCUCAUUUUAGAGGAAACAAAAAAGUGAGUCCAGUUGAAACUAUCGAGGGUGUCGAUAACACAGGUUUUGAUAAUUCUUCUGAAGAGGUAAAGAAAGCAGACGUUGUCAGUAUAGCUGUAGAAACAUAGGUAAUAACUGUUACUAGAUUUUUUUACUUUUAUAAGCAAAUUUGUGAUUCCUAUUACCAUUAAGUAUUAGACUAAGGAUUCAAAAUACUUUGUACCGGUUCUUAUAGAACUACCUUAUUUAUUUUAUUGUAUAUAUUUAAAUAAAUUGUUUUUUUUUUAUUU